CAACAGCAAAAGCAAUAAUAUAUCUAUAAAUUCAAAAGCGAGAGGAGAGAGAAAGCCCAAAUUCAGUCUCACUCUUUUUUGUGCAGCUGCUCCCAUUUCUAGAGAGAGAAAUUUGAGAAACCCUGGAAAAUCAUAGAGAGAGAGAGAGAGAGAGAAUUCUUGAGAGAGAAUGGAGAGGAGCACUCCCGUGAGAAAGCCCCACGCCUCGACUGCCGAUCUGCUGACGUGGUCGGAGAAUCCGGCCGAUCGGGCGGCGGCGGAGUCAGUGACGCCGGCGCCGAGGCGGACGAACAAGCCUGCGAGUGGGAUCACUCCGGUGAUGUUUGGAGGUCCGAUGAGCGAGGAGGAGGCUGAAAAAGUGCUCAAAAGUGCCAGGAAACCUUGUUCAGGCUCUAAGUUAAGAGAGUUUACUGGCAGUGGUAUAUUUGCAGCUGACAGUGAAAAUGGUGCAUCAGAAUCUGGUAGUGCUGUGACAAAUUCCACUAACAAGACCGGUUUACGCAUUUACCAGCAAGCAGUUAAUGGAAUUAGCCAGAUCUCUUUCAGUGCUGAUGAGAGUGUUUCACCAAAAAAGCCUACCACAUUGACUGAGGUGGCGAAGCAGCGAGAACUAAGUGGAAAUCUAGAAAGUGAAGCUGAGGCAAAAUUGAAAAAGCAGCUAUCUGAAGCGAAGUGCAAAGAGCUUAGUGGGCAUGACAUCUUUGGUCCUCCACCUGAGGUGCCACCCAGGCCGUUGGCAGCUCGAAAUUUAGAGUUGAAGGGACACCUUGACUUUGGAGAAUCCCCUCGAAGCGUGCACACAUCUGUAAAAGUAUCUAAUCCUUCUGGGGGUCCAAGCAACAUCAAUUUUGGCGAGGUGCCUGAGGUCAAGACGGCCAAAAAGAUCCACAACCAGAAAUUUCAAGAACUUACUGGCAACAACAUCUUCAAAGGCGACUCUCCACCCGGUUCAGUUGAGAAGCCACUGAGUGUUGCUAAGCUUAGGGAGAUGAGUGGCAGCGAUAUAUUCGCUGAUGGCAAGGCAUCAACAAGGGAAUACUAUGGUGGAGUGCGCCAGCCUCCUGGUGGUGGGAGCAGCAUCGCUCUGGUUUAA